GUCGGCCGGCUCGACAUUUUUUAAAAAAUUAUUUUGAGUUGAAUUUCGAUAUUAAACUCGUUUAAUAAAGCAGAUAAAAUUAGUAAAGUAGGCAGUUGAAAAGUGAUAUCAAAAUUUAUAAUGGAUCUCUCUGAGGUUGUAAUCACUUCUGACACUCAGAACAAGCAAAGUAAUUGCUGUAUAUAUGAUUUAAAAACUGGCAGUCUUUUAUCUUCCUAUAAAGGGCAUAAUAAUACCCCUAGAACUUUGGCUAUGAUAAAUGGCGAUUUUCUAAUUAGUGGUGUUCAGAAUCAACCGAUAUUGAAAGUUUGGACUGUUUCUAAAAAGAUCAAUCAGGAAGAAAAAUUAUUUGUGCCAGGAAUUGUUUCUAGUUUAACAGUUUCGAAUUGUGGACACUACUGUGCUGCUGCUAUUCAGAAGAACAUAUAUUUAUGGGCGAUUAAAAAUGGGACUUUAAUCACAGUUCUAUCACGCCAUUUUCAAAACAUUACAUCUCUGAAAUUCAGUAGUGAUGGUUCUCAUAUUUUAUCUGGUGGAAUGGAUGCUCUUGUUAUGGUGUGGAUGCUUGCUCAAGCCUUAAUUACUGAAAAUAAUGAUCCGCGUUUUGUUUGGAGACAUCACACUCAAGCCAUUACUGAUAUUCAUGUUGGUUCAUUAGGUAUAUAUUCCCGAGUGGCUACAACAUCACUUGAUAUGACAUGCAGAAUUUAUGAAUUGGACACAGGAAAACUUUUACUGUCUAUCUGCAUGGACAAUCGGUUAACGUCAGUCGCAAUGGAUCCUGCUGAGUACUACUUAAUAUUAGGCACGGAUAAAGGAAGCAUUUACCGGGUUGAUUUGUAUAAAUGUGACAAGUCUGAGAUGGCUAUAGAAGCUAAUGAUUGUGAAUAUGAAUUCGAGUUCAAAGGACAUUCGAAAAAAAUUAAUUCGUUAUCCAUAUCCACUUUUGGGACAACACUUGUGUCUGGAUCAGAAGAUAAGACUUGUAAAAUGUGGGAUAUAGCUACUUUGUCCUGUUUGAAAACUACUCCUCACGAAGGACCUGUUACAAAUGCAUUCACUGCUAUGAAACCUUUGGCCAUUUCUGAUGAGAAAGCAAAACCAUCUUUCUUCAUAAAAGAGUUUGGUAGAACUCCUGGAAAACGUUACCUAGAUUAUUCACUCACUGAAAUACAGGAUAAGGAGGUUUCACUUUUGAAAGCUGACAGCAUUGAUGCCUACUACAAUUCAGCUUUACUAAGAGGUGCUGAUCACCUUUUAUCAGAGCCAGAGGAUAUGAAACAAGCUAUCACAGAGCUUAGAGAUGUUAAUAGUCAAUUGUAUGCUCAUUGCUUAAAUUCCAUAGCUGACGUUGUAAUGGGGUUUGAAGAAGGACUGUAGUCAUUUAUAAUGUGAUUUUUAAUGAGUCGCAUUUAAGAUUGUGAUCUAAAGAUUUCAUAUCUCAAUCACCAUAUUCAUGUAUUUCCAUUCAGUUUUUUAUUUUAUAUAUGUAUGUAUAAAAAUUUAGAGAACGUUUUUUAUGUUUUUCUAUUGCAUUGUGUAUAUAUGUCGGAGAUUUUAUGCAUACCAAUAAAUAAGGAUCAUUUUAAAUUCUUUUUGUUACUAUGCACUUAUAUUAAGCUAAACAAGUUAAGCACAAUGUACCACAUCUUUAAAUGUAAUAUGAACCGCUAGGACAUAAUCAGAAAAAUGCUAUACUAAUAGUGUCUAUUUUUUUAGUCAAGAUUCCAACCCACAUUCUCAAUGAAGAAGCCUUCAGUUUUACCAACUGUGAUUUUGCUCAGCUUUCGUGUUGCUUAAUUUUCCAAGAAUUUUUUCAAAAACUAAC